AUGGUGCUGCUGGCCGGGCCCGGGCCGGAGGGCGGCGGGGCGCGCCGCGUGUCCCCAGAGCCACCGUCCUCACCCCGGGACGCGCAGGCCGGGGAGGACCCAGCUGACUACGAGGAGUACGAGGACUUCUCGAGUCUGCCCGACACCCGCAGCAUCGCCUCGGACGACUCCUUCUACCCUUACGGAGAUGAGGAGGAGUACAGCUCGGUGAGCGCGGAGAGCGCUCCGGAGGCUGUUCCGGAGGGCGUCCCGGAGGCGGCUACCCUCCUGCGCGCCGCCUGCGCCAACGACGUGGGGCUGCUGAGGGCGCUGGUGCGGCGGGGGCCCAGCGCCGAGGAGGUGCAGGAGACCGAUCGCAACGGCCGGACCGGCCUUAUUGUCGCCUGCUACCACGGCUUUGUGGAUACUGUGGUGAUCUUAGCAGAGUGCCCCCAUGUUGAUGUCAACUGGCAGGACAGCGAGGGGAACACGGCCCUCAUCACGGCUGCCCAGGCAGGGCACGUCACCAUCACCAACUACUUGUUGAACUAUUUCCCUGGUCUUGACCUUGAAAGGAGGAACGCAUUCGGGUUCACAGCCCUGAUGAAAGCAGCCAUGCAGGGCCGGACGGAGUGCAUCCGAGCCCUGAUGCUAGCAGGGGCGGAUGUCCACGCCAGGGACUCCCGCAGGGGUAUGUCCUCCCAGGAGUGGGCUACCUACACUGGACGGUUUGAAGCGGUUCGGGUCAUCCAGAGGCUACUAGAGCGACCCUGCCCGGAGCAGUUUGGGGUAAAGUACAAGCCAGAGCUACCACUGGCCCUGGAAGCAGGUCAGAAGCCCCCAGGCUCCAAGAGCUGCUUGCAGAAGCUCACGGAUUUUGUGCGGUCCACGCUGACCUCCCGCUCGCGCCAAGGCAUGGAGGACGGGGGAGCCCUGGACCACAUGGUCAAGAUGACCACGAGCCUCUACAGCCCCGCCGUGGCCAUCGUCUGCCAGACCGUGUGCCCCGAGAGCCCUCCCUGUGUGGGCAAAAGGCGGCUGGCAGUGCAGGAAAUCCUGGCGUCGCGCGGGGACCAGGACACGCAAGCCCAGGAGAGGGACAAGGGGGAGGGCCCCGAGCCGCAAUCCCAGACCUCCCAGGCCGCGGGGAUCUCCAAAGAGGAGGCCCCCAGAGCCGGCCUCGCGUCUUCGCAGCCGCCGGUCGCCCCCCGGAGGGCCAGCCUCCUGCCCCUGCAGCUGUUGCGGCGGAGCAGCGUGCGGCCCGGCGUGACCAUCCCCAAGGUGCGCGUCAGCAAGGCGCCCGCUCCCACCUUCCAGCCCGAGCGGGCGGCCCGGGGCAGCACCAAGGACAGCAGCCACCUGCAGCUGCCCAAGUGGCGGUACAAGGAGGCCAAGGAGGAGAAGCGGAAGGCGGAGGAGGCGGAGAAGCAGCGGCUGGCCGCGGCGCAGAAGGAAAAGCGGACGUCGUCCUGGAGGAAAAGGACGUGAGGGCGGGUGUGUCCGGCGCGCGGGGGCGAGGCAGGACGCAGAGCCCGCAGGCCGGGCAUACGAAGCUGGCCGGAGCCCCGGGGGAGGCGGAGGGGACGCUGGAUGCGGUCCUCCCUGGAAGUGUGCGCCCCGUCAUUUUACGCACAGCACCUCCCAGGGCGCACAGAAAACGUUCCUGUUUGUUCAGGCUGCACCCAAGAGUGAAGUGGGCCAAGCCCUAAUUGAAUCGCCUGAAACCAGUUCCCCCAGCAAUCAGUACUUGUAGUGGGCAUUCUACCUAAAGCUCGACCACUGAGCCACCCGAGAAGCCCCCCUUAGAACCUCAGUGCAGAAAAAUUUAAGACCAGUUUAUCCAAAGGACAUUUUCUGUAUAGUUCUGUAUUUUUCAGUUAUGAUCAGAUUUAGAGCACUUGACCAGUGAUAGGGCUCUUUGUAAAUAUUUAUGACGGUCUUAAUGCAUUUGUCUGAAGACCCUUUGUUUAAAAUACUGUUUCUAGCAGUAAUUAUUUGUGCUAUCUCUAUGAUUUCACAUAGAAUUUGUGGCAUUCUCCUCCUGUCGACCCCCUUUUGCUUUUUUUAUUGGGGCGGCUUUGCCUUUCCAUCUCCUUGGGGGUGCUCAAAAGCACCACACGUCCUUAAUUGGAUUAAGUGAUGUUGAAGAUUUCUAUUGGAUAAAGGCAUUUGCUUUACCGCAAAAUAAUCAAGUAAGACAGGGGAGUCACAUUUCCUUUAAUUUGUGAAGCUCUCUUUUCCAUCCAGUGGUAAAAAUGAAGAAAACCCAAUUGUCAAAGUAUGAGACUGCAUAGAAGAGUGUGUAUUUAUUGCUAGAACUAAGCUCAUUUUAAGCAAGGGGUUUUAGAUAAUCUGCAUAUAAAGUCUUGAACAUACUCAAAAAUAGAAAAAAAGUGUUUAAGAAGAUGGGGGCAACGCUAAUAAAUUAUUACUAGAAAUACAAAAUUAAGUUAUGUGCUCUUAGACAAUUGAAUUAAAAUAUCCUUAAGAUGUAAAAAGAAAUGCUAAAAGUAUAGAGUUCUGCAAAACUACUGACAUGGGUGGGCCAUACAUUUUUUGAGAAAUAGGGAUUAGAGCUGAAUGUUAAGCAAACAUGUUUUUGGCAAAUUCUCCUGGAGUGAGCUGGGUUGCUUCCUCCUCCCGACUCAAUUCUGACAGAUACCUGGUGUGGAAUUUUAUUUUUCCUUUGAUGAAAGCCCCUGGUGUUCAGUUCAUCCUCAUGCAGGCUUUGUAGACUUGCCAAGAUUCAGGAACUUUGGCGGCGCACGGGUGUGGUUUGCCCCAGGCCCUGAGCGCUCCGUGGGAGUUUUCUGUCCAUACUUUUAUCUCCAAAAAGCUGAGAAAUACUAAAGAAUCUCUGGCUCUCUGGGUUGCAGAGUAUCUCUCACAUAUGCACUACCAACAGCACUUUAUUUAAAUAUUAUCCUGCGUAUAAGCCAUAGAUUUAAAACAUUACAGACCAAUGGGAAGCUGUUUAUUCUGUCUGUGGAUUCACAGGGGAAAUCGUGCUCCCUGGCCACGUGGUGACGAGUGCCCAUCCAUCUCAUGAUGUGGGUGGCGUGGCACUGGCUCGCCCUCCUUUUCCCCCCGCCCCCCACUAUCAGACACUGAGCAUCUUACACUCAUCUCUCCAAAAACCUCCAUGAACAGACCAUCAGGCUGCACCCAGGCUAAUGGGAGGCAGAUGUGAUGAUAAUCCAUCUUUUAAAGUCAGAUUUUAGUGAAUUCCUCCCUUGUUACAGAAGGGCCCAGGAAGAACGGCCCAGAGGUCUGGACCUGCUUUGAACAUCACUGAUGUGGUUGAAUGUGGGUCACCCUUGAGCCUAAGAGUUGGGCUUGGCCAAGUGCCCUUGGAUGAGAUGAGCGCUGGUCCCCGAGGUGGAAAGAAACACGUCUUUGUUUCCCUGAUGGGCCAGUCUACACCCUACAUUGAGAUCCUGUUUUGUGUUGAUAUGUUUUGGUUGCUUUGAAUGGUUGGCUGCACUUUCCUCCCCAAGGGCUCAUCCCUCCCUCUCCUCCAGUGUCGGUCAGGGAUAGGGGCACCGAUGGGCAGUGUCCCCCCCAGCUCUGUCACCACGUAAGUUUCCUGUUGGCCCUUUUGCCUCCUUUUUCUUUUUGUUUUCUGCCUAUCUUCUGCUCCAGAUUUAGCUAAAAUGCCUGGAUCAUCCCUGGUGCCACUACUCAGAGGUCUAAAAAGAGCAGAAAACUGUGGAGUCAUGAGAGAUCAACAGUGUCCCUGAUGGCUUACCAUGUUGUGCUCUCCAGACACUCAAGAGUGAAUGGACAGCAGAUUUCACCUGCUGCUUCUGUGCAGAAUUCCGCCCCACCCACCACCUUCUUUUCAUUUAGGGAGGGAGAUUUAGCUUGCUCUCCUGACAGAUCGGGCUUUCCUGGUGGCUCAGCUGGUAAAGAAUCUGCCCACAAUGAGGGAGGCCUGGGUUCGAUCCCUGGGUUGGGACGAUGCCCCUGGAGAAGGGAAAGGCUACCCACUCCAGUAUUCUGGCCUGGAGAAUUCCAUGGAUUGCAUAGUCCAUGGAGUUGCAAAGAGUCAGGCACGACUGAGCAACUUUCAGUUUCACCUGACAGAUGAGAGCACCGCCCUGCUACACAGAACAAGGAGGAUCCGGUGUCUGCUUUGCACUCCUGAUGUUUAUUAACUGUAAAUAGUGAAUUUCAACUUGACAGGUACCUUCUCAGGGAUUUAUAUAUAAAUAGAGUUAGAGGGAAAGGUGAAGUAUAUUUUAAUACUUUUUAGCAUCUGAGUGAGUGGUUAUCACACUAGACAGAAGAAAUAUUUCUAAGAUAAUGCCAGUGCUGCUUUUUCCCCAGGGCAAUGUCUGAGAAUCACCCCUCCCAUUGAGACUUCUUGAUUCUUAGAAACUCGGGACUCUGGCGGCUGAAAUGGCUUUGGAGUGGAUGUGAAGUCACUUCUCAGGGCCUCUCAGUUGCCUCUCGUGGAAGCGAACCCUUGUAUUUAGAAAAAAAAAAAAAUUCAACCUCUGUGUACGAAGAGGUGUCUGUGACAACACAGAUGGGCCACCCAUCGAUUUUACCUCUAGAACUGGUUCCUCCCCGUCUGAUACCUGUGUGGUGUGGUGUGAGAAGGACGGUGUUUCUCUCUGCCUCCGUGAAUCACAUGUUCUACAGUCAGCCCUGUGCCAGGCUCACUGCCGGGAGAGGCCAGGGAAAAGCUGGAAUGACCAUGGUGUUCAGAGACCUUUCAUGUCUUUGGCUACACCCAAGGAAUGCAACGUGCAACAUUAUGAACCUUUGUGGCUUUUUUCUGCAGCGCCUCCCCACGGGCUCCUGGCGGCACCAGAAACCUCAGAAAUAGGCAUGGAAAUUGCACUAGGUCAUCAUCUCAACUUCCGGCCCUCCUGCGACUCGCUCCUUCUGCAGUGGAGGGUUGAGUUUGUGAUGUCAGUUGGAAAGUGGGAUUUGUAGGUGUGGGGAGAGGGCGGGCCAAUCCAAGCUGCCUCUGCCCACUUCCUUCCGGGCCAUCAGAGGCCAGCCAGGUGCACUGAGUAGAGAUGAGGCUCUGAAACUGAAUCCCACGAGGUGAGGGUCAGACCACAGUACUGAAUUGGAUGCAGAGCCCUCAGUCUCCGGGAAGAGUCACAGGUACUCAGUUACUAUGAAGAGAAGCACUCCUGAGGGAUGGAUGAAGGAGCCAAGACUAAUAAGAAGGGCUGAUCUGUUUCCCACAGCCUCUGGCAGGGGCACAGUUUUCCCCCCUGACCCACACUACAUUAAGACAGAAGAACGUCUCUGCAUCCUUCGCCCGAGCUUGCUCUGCGAAAUGAGCCCUAGUCCCAGGCUCACCUGGGACCCCUCACUGUUUCAUCUUCCAUCCUGAUAUCUAAUACGAUGCAGGUAUUCCCUGCAGUGCUGAGAUUGAUCAGGAACUAUUGUAAGCUUCUAGUUGCAAUUGUCUUUUAUCAAAUGAAGUGCUGGCACUUUUUAAGUAUUUGCGGACAUUCUAACACGCCACCCACGCUCACGAGCCCCACGGGGAACUAUUUGGAUUCUGCCCUUGGCUGUGGGUGCCCGGCUCAUGGUGGUCCCUCAGGACUCUGGCUUGUGUGUCUGGUCCUUGCUGUUCUGGGCAGCAGGCUGACACUGAGCCCCUUUCAGCCUGGCCUGGGGGACCAUGUCUUCUUGGGAAGGAAAGCGGGACGAUCCAUCAGGAGCUAUUAAAUAACAAAGUCCCAUUCACCUGGACAACUGGCAUUGAUACAUAAAUUGAUACAUAAUCGUGACCAUGGUGGGGGCGGGGGGAGGCUGUUGCUAUAAAGAACUUGCAACAAAACAGUUCUUCCUGAAACCCUGGUUGCCCUGCCAGCUCCAGCAUGGAGAAUUUGUUUCAAACCUCUGGGCAACUCUUGUGUCAGGGAUGAAUUCAUGUGUCUUCAUUAACAUUUAAAAUCAGCAGCUAAAAAAAGUUCACUGGAAGUUUUUUUUUUUUAAGAAAUAGAAAAGCAAACAAAAUCGCCCCACUUCCCCAAACCAUCACAACCUGGUUUGAUUUAGCUCAUUUUUGAGGAACUCAGUUGAAUGAGAUGGCUGCUAUUCAAUCUCUCCUUCCCCUGACCCAGCCUGAAAUAAGGCUUUUGUGAAAGGCAAGCCCUGCAGUGGUCUGACGGCUCUCAGCUGCAAGGGGAGGCGUGUGACGUGAUGUGAGCUCGUGCACACACACCCACAGGAAGGAGUUUGGGUUUCGUGCUCACAAAGGGGACUGCCACUAUAGCUGCCAGCGAACAUCAGCUAUGACCUGGUGUAUUUGAGGAUGAGACAGCCCAAGACGCCCACCGGGAUCCCUCAAGUGUGUCCAUUGUGGCACAGAACACAACCAGCGUGUCAUCACCCAGGUGUCCUUGUCCAAAGGUGAUGUUGGCCUGGGCGGCUCCUGGACGAGUUUGUGUAGCCGGGCCUGGGUCCUCUCUGCUGUUGGCUGCGUCCCCGGCGUGGAGUGGCAGAAUCCAGAGGGGAUUCUUGGGGGGAGCUCCACCAGGUAUUCAGCCUGGGGUCACAGAUGGUUCGGUACCAGGCUGACCUAAGAAGCAGAACCAGGAGGCUGCUGAGAAUUCCCCGAGUCUGUCCAAGUGUUGAGAUGCCCUAAUUGAUCACUGCUCAUGCAGUUUGGUUUUUGAGAGAAUCACUUCAUGAUAACGGGACAUUUUUCUCCUGUUUUGGAAGAAAAUGUGGAUGAGAAACUAAAUGAACCCAGGCAGGCCCAGCAGUGGCCUGUGCUGAUGCUUUAUGAGAUUUUUGGGAGGUUGCAUUGAAGCACUUUAACACCAGUUUCUGAGCAGAUGUUCUGGAAGCUGGUUUGGAACCUCAUGGCUCUUUCAAAACUGGAUGAAAACCAGAAAAGGAUGCUAGAAACCUGGCAGUGUUACCAGCAACCCUGUGAACCUUUGGGACAUCCCAGGGAAUUUGAGUAAUAGACCCCAUUGAAACAAAUAGGCAAGGCAAAUCUCAUUGGAAUCCUUUUCAUUCAAACCCUCGUUCUGCGUGGCACACGCUGGGUGUCUGAAGAUAUGUGUCUUUAACAAGGGUGAUGAAGAAUUGUGUGCACUCUGCACAGGGGCCAGGUUUCAGGUUAUGUCACGUUGGUAUAAGCUUUGUUUUCUGAAUGUAAAACUAUUUUCAUUGUCAUUUCUAAAAAUCCGGUAGGUUUCUGGAUAUUGUAAAAAUGUUGAAUAAGGAUAUAAUUGUGUAAAUUUCAUAGCGUUUUAUUUUGAGGUGAGAGUUUUGUUACAGUUUAUAAAAGAUAUUUUCCUAUUUAGACCUCAGGGCUAUUUGGGGACCUACAAAUAAAGGUGACCUCAGCCAUUUCAAUUCUUGAUAUCCAAAAGGUUAAUCAUCUUUAAGUUAGAUGGGAUAUAUUGUUCAGCAGAAAGAAUGUGUCUUUCCUUUUGACCUUUGAACAAACUCUGUAUCUAAAGUUUAAAAAGUAUAACAAGAUGUGGUCAUGUAAAACUGUGGCUACAGAAUUAAAAAUCACUUGUGAAAU